GUCUAGUAAGUCUACGGUUUAUCCGUGAGAUUUUGCAUAAUACAUAUGGCAGUACCUCUCGUUUCCUGAAUUCAGACUUUGUACGAAAGUCGAGCCUCACCCUUCACCCAAAACUCGACCUCACAGCUCUCGACCCUCAACACGCCACAACCUCAGUAACCUAAAGCCGAAGUCGCGCAAAUCUAACCCCACCACAUACCACUCACUCAAACCCAACAUCACCGAAACUUCAACUCACUCACAUACAUUGUCUCUCUCUCACACACACAACCCCUUACCACACAACAACGAGCGAAAAUGUCAAGCGAAGACUACUCCAACAUCCCCACCCCCGAAGCCGCCUACGCAGACUUCUGCCUCAUCCCCGUCGGCACCGGCAGCGUCUCCGUCGCCAACGAGGUCGCCCAGGUCCAGCGCCUGCUCGAGGCGAGCGGGCUAAAGUACACCAUGCACUCGGCCGGUACGACUGUCGAAGGAAGCUGGGACGACGUCUUCCGCGUCAUCGGACAAGCGCACUCUCUCGUCCACCAGAGCGGCGUCGUGCGGAUCCAGUCUUCGAUGCGCGUCGGCUCGAGAACGGACAAGAAGCAGUCUGCCGCCGACAAGGUGGCGCGGGUGGAGGGCAUCCUGGCGCAAGACAAGUAAAUGUCCUUGUCUUUGAAACAGAUGUGUUGGUGGUAUGAGAUGGGUCGCGGUGCAAACACGAGACAGAAAGGUUGACAGCUUAUUAGGUUAUGAUUUGACACGAG